UGGACGGAGCGAGCCGGCGCUGCGGAGCGGGAGGGAAGUUUGGUGGCGGCCGAGGAUGAGUGGGGAGUGAACGGAGCCGGGGAGCCGGGGAGCCGGGCUGCCGGCCGGACGCCGACCUGUUGUGGAGAUGCCUUUCGCUGUGCUCCUGCUCCUCGCCGCCCUCACGCUCCUGCCCCGACCGGAGGCGUUACCGGCCUGGGACACCGACACAACGGCGGGGAUGGAAUGGUUGACCAAAUUUGGAUACUUGCCCCCAGCAGAUCCCUUAACCGGACAACUUCAAAUCCAGGAGGCACUGACCGAAGCCAUUAAAGCCAUGCAGAAGUUUGCUGGACUUGAGAUCAGUGGAGUAAUUGAUGAGGCCACACGGUCGCUGAUGAAGACUCCUCGCUGUUCCCUGCCUGACGUCUCUGGCGUGGAUGGGGGCAGCAGGAAAAGAGACCUUCAGAUCGGGGCCAAGUGGAAUAAAAGAAAUCUCUCCUGGAGGGUACGCACGUUCCCCCGGAGCUCCCAGUUGGGACAUGAUACGAUCCGUGCUCUCAUGUAUUACGCCCUGAAGGUGUGGAGUGACGUAGCACCACUCAAUUUCCAUGAGGUGGCAGGGGACAACGCGGACAUUCUCAUCGACUUCCCGAAGGGCCAGCACAAUGACCACUACCCCUUUGAUGGGCCGGGAGGGGCAGUGGCUCACGCCUUCUUCCCUGGCGACGACCCGGCGGCGGGGGACGUGCACUUCGAUGACGACGAGGCUUGGUCAUUCAGGUCUUCAGACUCGCAGGAGGUGGACCUCUUUGCAGUGGCCGUCCAUGAGUUCGGGCAUGCUAUUGGCCUUCCUCAUUCCAUGUCCAACCAGUCCAUCAUGAGACCUUACUACCAGGGACCUGUGGGAGACCCUCUUCAGUACCACCUGCCUUACCAGGACCAGCUGAGAAUCUGGCAGAUAUACGGUGUCAGAGAGCUGCUGUUCCCUACCAGCCCGUCCCAGAGGGAGAAUUCAUCGGACCACCCAGUGCUCCCGGCCCCCUCCCCGGGAAGGCGCCCCACUGCUCAGCCGAGAGCCGACCUUCCCGACAGAUGCAACACCAACUUUGACGCUGUGGCCCAGGUUAGAGGAGAGGCGUUCUUCUUCAAAGGGAAGUACUUCUGGCGGCUGACGCGCAACAAGCACCUGGUCUCCCUCCAACCGGCGGAGAUCCAACGUUUCUGGCGAGGGUUGCCGGGCAACAUGGACGGCGUGGACUCGGUGUAUGAGCGGACUGCUGACCACAAAAUCGUCUUUUUCAAAGGAGAUCGAUACUGGGUCUUCAAAGACAACAAUGUGGAGGAGAGUUACCCCCGUUUUAUCACUGACUUUGGCCUCUCUGUGAAGAGUAUUGAUGCAGCCUUUGUCUCACCCCACAAUGACAAGACCUAUUUCUUUAAGGACAAUCAGUAUUGGAGGUACGAUGACCAUCAGAGGAAAAUGGACCCAGGUUACCCAAAGGACACUGGCCAGUGGAAAGGUCUGCCCAGCGGAAUUGAUGAUGCCAUGAAAUGGUCUGAUGGUGCCACCUAUUUCUUCAAGGGGACAGACUACUGGAGGGUGACCCACAGUAACAUGGAGGUGGACCCUGGAUUCCCGCAGUCUGUUGCCAAGGACUGGCUGGUGUGCAGCGAGAUGCAGGCAGACGCUUCAAGUUCAGAGCGGGCUCAGUCCCGACCUCGAACUGCCCCCAGUCACCAGGGCGAGGCCGGCGAGAGAAGAAACUGCUCCUGUACAUCCGCAGCUGAGACGCCUAGGCCGGCGGCCGCGCUGAGACGGAAGGUGCUGUCCGCCGUCGUGCUCGCGGUCUCGGUCUUCCUUGGGUUGGUAUAACGGGGCCUGGUCGGUGCCAGCCGAUAAGCUUCACGGGCAGCAGUCUCGGGGAGAAUUAACCCUCACUGCCUGGCUUGGGCACGUUGCCAAGUUCGGCCGAUCAUCAGAACGAAGAUUGCCACCAGCACUGAGUGACCUUGGCAUGGAUUCAAAGGGAAGUCACGUUUCUAACAAAACGAUUCUGCAGAAGUGUGCUUUACCAUCAGUGAAAUUUCAGACACUUUAUUUUUAUAAGUCAGAAUAGAAACAGCGUCCAAGGAUCCUCCCUUUGGUUGAAAUUGCUCUGCCUGCCCCCAGAAUUAAACACACUAGAAUUCUUUAUAUACAUAUCUAAGAUUUUUCCGCUCACUAGCCAAAGCAUUACUUUUUGUUUGGCUCCGUGAGGUGGGGGGCUGCAUUCAGGCAGUGAGGGUAAUGGCAGAAAUCUACACGUGUCCGGAGAUAGCUCGGGGUAGGGGGUGGGGUUAGAUAACACAGAGGCCACAGGAAUGUAAGAACUGUGUGCACACCUCUCGCCUUGCUCACUGACCCAGACUGACUCCCGCCCUAAAAUUUUAUAAUUGAUCAGAAUAAUAUAAUCGAAUUAUUUAUUUAUCCUUGGUGCCUGCUGUUUAUUGUCAGGUCUGGGUCAAAAAUAUGUAACAGGGAAUGUGAGGCACUGGACAUAAUUCCCCAACGGGCCAUUUUAAAUUAAUUUCUGGGCUGCAUCCAGCAUGUGUUGCAUAUUCUGGAUGGGAUGCUGCUGGCAGAAGAAACAGUCAGGUCGGGCAGCAUCUGUGGAGAGGGAAGCAGGGCUGA